AGUCGGCUAGCAAUUUUAUGUAUUAAUCUUUUUUGUUCUUUUUGUGAAAUUUCAUUCGUUCGUUUAUCUUGCUUAUGUUGUUUUGCGUUGUUAAUGUAAUCCAUAAUAAGCGUCGUCGAUAAUCGCGUUAAAACUUUUCGGACAGAAUCUUGAGAGAAAUCAUCCAAAGGACGCGACAAAUGAUGGGUCGGCCAAAUCGUUCUAGGGAAAAAAGACCAGCUGCGCGAAAACGAUCAGCAUCCAGUGGGAAAACAAAACACAUUCAGGACAAUGCCAGUUUGGAACAGCGAAACAUCGAAGCAAUGUUUGUUUCGCCGACAACGACAAAAAGCCGAGUAAAAUCGCAGGAGCGUACACCUACAGGGCAACAAAUAUCUGGUCGGGAGAAAAACAAUGAGCCCGCAUUAGAAACUACGGGAGAAAAUACCUUCACCGACAUGAACAGUAAUAGCAUUUCGGAGAUAGGUGAUUACAGCGAUGAAUCUCUGAAUACGGGAAAAAAGAACCCCGAAGUUGUGUACCGUUCCAUCGACGACAACAGAAAAAGCGUUCAUCAAUCUCCAUCGGGGCGGAAUUUGUUAAAACAGUUGCAAACAUCGCUGAGCCCUAAAUUGACUGAGAUCAACAUCGAUGGGAACCGUCGUGUGAGUCGCUAUGGACGCCACCAAAAACAAAAAGAAAAUAUUAAUUAUGUUCCUGUUGAGCUAAUGAAAUUCGUGGGUAAAUCGCCAGCCAAAAUUAAACCUAAAAAGGAGGUCGCAAUGAUUGACAUUAAAAUCGGGCCUGAUGUACAGCAGUUAGAAGUGAACAUGGCACAUGCAACAGACGUGAAAGAAUUGGGAACUAGUUUUCCCGCAGAAACUUCUGUCGAUAAUGAAUUGCCGCCAAUGUUGCCAAUGUUAGAGGAGCAUCGAGAUAAUGUGCUCGAUAUGGAUGCGAUCAACAUUAUUGGAAUGAACGUUAGUUUCGAAAAUAUCAACGACGACAAUAUUUUUUUGGAGAAUGCUCUUCCACAAAAUACGAUUGAUCAUAAUCACCCAUCGGAUGUCGAUAGCGCGAAAGGAUCCUCCAUCGACUUGGUAGGAGAGUACCGCGUUGGUGAAAUAUAUUGGGGAGCACAAACACAGAAAACAAUUCAUUGGCCAUGCAUCGUACGAAUAGAUCCAGAAACGAAUCAAAUAAUUCGAAUGCGAUCAAAUCAAAGAGAGAUACAUGUUGCAUUCUUUGGCGAUCGGGGACGCCGCGGAUGGAUCCGGGAGGCCUAUAUCGCAUCAUUUCGAGGACUCGCUGAUUAUUGUUCCCGAGUGGACAAUUAUGAAUAUGGGAAGGCUGUGAAAGCAGCGCUGAAGGUAGCUUUGCGGAAUAACUGGAAGGUAGCAUCACAGCAGGCAGAGGAAUUUAACGCUAUUGACAUUGAGUUGCGCCUGGAAAAGUUCGACUUAUCAGUUGAACUGGAAAGAGUCCGUUUGACAUCGAUUCGAGUUAUAAAAGGACAAGGAAAACAGAACAAGAGGACACGCUCCCCCACUCCCGAAAGUCCGUCAUACGAUGUAAUUCCGAUUGUAACAGAACAUACAACAAAAAGAAUGAAACUGCAGCAAAUCUCCACGUUACAAAAUACUAUAGCCGGACCGUCCGAUGCAGCGAUGCAUGGAAGUGAAGAGAAAGGAACCCUUUUUAGUGAUGAUUCCAAACAUUACACAGAGCUGGCGUUCAAACUGAUUGUGAAUUUGGGGCGCACAUUCCUGCUAGAUGAUCAAAGCACUGAUGAGAAGACAAUCAUGCUUGAACAAUAUGCAAGGAAAAUUACCUCACUCAAAAGUGACGGAGCUCAUCAUCAAAAAAGCAAGCGCACCGUGGUCUUGCGUAAAUUAACUCAAAUGCGUAACUUAUGCCACAUGCUUGAUGAAUUUAUGGCAGAGCACAGUGGUGAACAUGGUGAUUCUGUUGCCGUACGGAUUAAAAAAGAAAAACCCACGUUGGAAGAAGAAUUUAUUUUCCAGAUCGACCCGAAAUCCAUUACCAAGGGUCUGCCGAAGGGCAACGUGUGCUGCAUUUGUAAACACCCACAAAGCGUGGUAAAGUGUAUGAAGUGCCAUCGUCACAUGCAUUUGCAUUGUAUGACGGCCGACCUAUUGGAGCAAGUGAAGCUGCAAACAAUGGUGGAUGAGCGUCGUUUUAACUGUAACGACUGUUCGGGUAGCGAGUUGAAGGAUGUUCUCGUGAAACAAAGCUGUUUUGUGUGCAAUGAUGAGUUGGAAGAAACCAAAAACGAAACGAAGUGUCGCUGUGCUGGUAGCUUGUGCGUUCGCCAGUACCACAUUUCAUGUUUACGCCUUUUUCCACAGUUUGCAGUAAUUAAUAGUCAGUCAAUCAUCUGUCCAUAUCACGUGUGCCAUACUUGCGUCGCCGACGAUCCAAGGGGAAAAGCCUCUAACGACAAAACAGCUCUAGUACGAUGUAUCAAGUGUCCGUCUUCGUACCAUCCGGAUCUGCGCUGCAUUCCGGCCGGGUCGGAAAUGCUUACCACGCAGCAGCUCAUAUGUCCCAAACACAGCCUUGAUCAGAUAGCUCUCAAUGUGAAUUGGUGUUUUUUGUGUUGCAAAGGAGGAGAUUUAAUUUGUUGCGAAACGUGCCCCAACGCAAUCCACCAGGAUUGUCUACCUUUCCAAAUACCGGACGGCAAAUACUUUUGCGAAGAAUGUGAAUCCGGACGGCUUCCUUUGUACAAUGAGAUUGUGAUAGCAAAGUAUAGUUCGUUUCGUUGGUGGCCAGCUUUGAUUAUGCCACCAUCAGAGAUAUCGGAUUAUCUACUGCAGCAGAAGCCAAGCGCUUCGUCCAUUUGUGUAAAAUUCUUCCAAUCCCAUACUGUAGCCUGGAUGAAUAGAAGGAGGAUGUAUCUUUACCAGCAUGAUGACUCGGAAAAUCUUGACACGAAGAAAUCGGGAUCAUUAGACAAACAAUAUCGUAUUGCCAUGGCCGAAGCGAGCAAAAUAUACCAAACAAUACAGGAGAUGAAAACGUUAACAGCUCCGGUUGUUCGGAAAAAGAAAAUACCCACUCCAGUUUAUCAAAAAAUUAAAACAAACCGUUACGUUGCCCCGCUUAAGCAACCACAAUCAGACGACGAUUCAAACUGCUACUGCCGUUCAGACGAUGAGGAUCCUUGUGGCCCGACCUCUUCAUGUAUCAACCGAACAAUGAUGUUCGAAUGUAUUCCUAACACCUGCCCAGCAAAGAAUCGUUGUUCAAAUCAACGUUUUGCCAAGCGCAUUUAUCCAUCCUUGGAGGUGCGUCACUUUGCCGACAAGGGUUAUGGACUAGUGGCAAAGGAAGCCAUAGCACGCGGAGCGUUUGUUAUAGAGUACGUUGGAGAAGUCAUCAACAUGGCCGAGUUUAACCGCAGAAUUAAGGAGAUCCAGGAGAGAAAGAUCACAAACUACUAUUUUCUUACGGUGGAUCCCGACAUGACCAUCGAUGCCGGGACAAAAGGCAAUAUUUCACGUUUUAUAAACCAUUCUUGCGAGCCGAAUUGUGAAACUCAAAAAUGGACCAUUGGAAAUGCACGCGUCAUUGGAUUGUUUGCGAUAAAAGAUAUCCACCCGGGUGAAGAGCUAACUUUCAAUUACAAUUUGGAGAGCUUGGGAAAUAAGAAACGGGUAUGUCUGUGUGGAACUUCCAAGUGCUCCGGCUUUAUAGGUGAAAAAUACCGUUCGCCGAAGAAGGAUACAAACAAUAGCAAUUCCAGUGGACCGUCGCUGCUUUCUAUUAAAAAAAUAGGAGUAAACAAAGCAAAGAAAAAAACUUUAUUGAAAGGAGCAGGGAAACCAAACAAAAGGAAAAGUGACGAUGAUAUUUUGCUUGUGCCAAAGGCUGAGCCUGAAACAAUCAAUUUAGAUGAUCUAGACUACACAGCGAUAUCACCUACGUUCGUUAUCAAGACGGAAAAAGUAGACAACGAUAUCGAAACUUAAGAGAAGAAAAGUCGUCAUUUUAUUGGCUACUGAAAGGAAUAACGAUUGCUUAGGGAUGGUAGUUAAAGCACAUGAAACAUAUAAUAAUUAUCAUCGCAUCGUAUUAUGUGGUCGUCUGCAUCAAGAUGCUAAAUAUUAUAUUUAUUAUCAUUUUCUAUCAUCACCAUUUUUUCAGGAAAAAUUUGUUUGCUUUACAUUUAUAAUUUUUUUAGUUUUAUAAUCUUAGUUGUUUUUUUUUUUAUUUGUAAUGAUAGUACAAACAUGUUUGAAAAUCUUUCUGCUGCAAUUGAUCGGCAAUACGAUGAAAUGAGUUGCGUUUAUCAUAGAGAAUACCAAUGUAGAUAUCUUAAGACUGUUAAAGCUAUUUGACUUUUUCGAUACUGAGCUCGAGCGAGUGUAAUGACCACAUAAAGACGAAUCAUUGUUGUCAUCAUGUCAUCAAAUCAUUGUUUACAGAUCCGUGAUGCUUUGUGGUGCACUGUGAAUACAGCAACGAAUUAAAAGUGAUGUUUUUCAUAUUGAAAUGACAUAAAACAUAACUUGGUACUUCAA